UUCGUCUUUCCAGGGAAAAAGGGGAGAAGAGGCCGUGAAGUUUGGAAACCUGUUGUUGGGUGAACAACGCAGAGAAACCCCUCUUCAUACCCUUUAAAUGUUCGUCCCCUCCAUUCCUCUCUCUUCCUCGAUUUUCUUCUUCUUUUUAAUUCUUUGCGGAUUGUAAUCAUAAAUCCAGGGAAGAAGAAGCCUCCAGUCCAAAGAUCGUGGAUCAAGUGUACGCCAUACGCCCCGGAGCUGCUCCUUAUCAACGUCUCUCCUUCGAUUUUAUUGGGAAACCGUUCGUAUAUAUGUACUUGUAUAGCGAUCUAUACGUGUAAAUCAGAAACGGCGAAACAACAGAGAGAGUUCGAGAAUGGACGGUCUGUGUUUAAAGGCUGGGAUCCACGGUGUAACGUCGCAGAUCGCCGUCGCCGGUGGGGGUCUCGAUGUCCGUACGAAUCCAUCUCACAUUGCCGCCGCCGUGGGGAGGACGGCGGCGGCCGGUAACGGGAUUUCGGUUGAGAAACCGACCGUCUCCGGGGCGCCGCCCCCGUGGAGGACAGCGCCGUGGGGGUUUUCAUUCAAGUAUCCACUCAGAUCUCUGUGGCCCGGAGGCGGCAGGAGGCGCGACGCCAUCGCUCUGGACGAGCCUGUUUUGGUUGAGGAGAAAGAACAGGAGAAAGGAGGCGGAGAAGCUGUUGGCGAUGAAGAGGGUGAGGCCGGGGAACGGGAAAUCGGGAAUUGGGUUUUGAAGAUUCUUCACGUCCAGUCUACGUGGCGGGAGGAAGGAAAGCGUGGGGUUGAAGAAGAAUUGAGAGGAGAGGAGGAGGCAGAAGAGAAUGGAGCUGUUGAUGAUGAUCAUAGAAGUGAAUGUUCUACAGAUGACAGCGAUGAAGGGGGUGAUGUAUGUAGAGUUGAUGACGACGACAAAAUUGAGAUCGACAGGGAUACGUUUUCAAAGCUGCUUCGGAGGGUUUCCCUGACCGACGCAAGGCUGUAUGCUCGAAUGUCGUAUUUGGGAAAUUUGGCUUAUGCCAUUCCCCAGAUUAAGCCAGGGAAGCUGUUGAAGUUUCAUGGUUUGCGGUUUGUAACUUCAUCAGUGGAGAAGAAAGAAUUGACCAUGAAAUCUGAGGUGGAGAAGGUCCCUGGUGAAGAGAAGAAAGAAUUGACCAUGAAAUCCGAGGAGGAGAAGGUCCCUGGUGAAGAGAAGAAAGAAUUGACCAUGAAAUCUCAGGUGGAGAAGGUCCCUGGUGAAGUUAAAGAAGCAGAAAAAGCCUUGAAGGAGCCAGAGAAAGGCAAGGAGCAGAAGAAUGAAGAGAGUCGAAUAAGUGCAUUGACUGCUUACCGGAUUGCUGCUUCUGCUGCAUCUUAUCUUCAUUAUCAUACAAAGAGCAUCCUUCCUUUCAGAUCUUCUAAAUCUGAGGAAAAAGGAUAUUUGCAUGAAAGAAGCAAUGGAGUCGGUUGCAAUGCCAAUAUAAUGGACAAUGAGGUGGCCUCUCUCAUGGCAACCACUGACUCUGUGACUGCUGUGGUUGCUGCAAAGGAGGAAGUGAAACAGGCCUUUGCAGAUGAUUUGAAGUCAACACAUUCAUCACCGUGUGAAUGGUUCAUAUGUGAUGAUGAUCUCAGUAGGACAAGAUUCUUCGUUAUUCAGGGCUCUGAGACACUUUCAUCGUGGCAAGCCAAUUUACUGUUUGAGCCCACUCAGUUUGAGGGACUUGAUGUACUUGUGCAUAGAGGUAUAUACGAAGCUGCUAAAGGGAUCUAUGAACAAAUGUUGCCUGAAGUGCGUGCACACCUUAAAUGUCAUGGUGAUCGGGCCACCUUCCGUUUCACAGGUCAUUCUCUAGGCGGAGGCUUGUCAUUGCUUGUGAAUCUGAUGUUGCUUAUUAGGGGUGAAGCCCCACCUUCUUCAUUACUUCCUGUUAUCACAUUUGGUGCACCAUCAAUCAUGUGUGGAGGGGAUCGGUUGCUCAAGGAGCUUGGAUUGCCUCGGAGUCAUGUUCAGUCAAUCACCAUGCAUCGUGAUAUUGUGCCCCGUGCUUUCUCUUGUAAUUAUCCUAGUCACGUGGCUGAGCUUCUUAAGGCUGUCAAUGGGAACUUCAGGAAUCAUCCAUGUCUUAAUAAUCAGAGACUAUUGUAUGCUCCGAUGGGGGAGUUUCUGAUUCUACAACCCGAUGAGAAAUUUUCUCCAAACCACGAUCUUCUUCCUUCAGGCAGUGGACUAUAUAUACUAAGCUGUUCGGUCCCAGAUGCUAACGAGGCAGAGAAACGACGCCGGGCUGCUAGGUCCGUCUUCUUGAAUUCACCCCACCCACUUGAGAUUUUGAGCGACCGCGCUGCAUAUGGUUCCGAGGGGACCAUUCAAAGAGACCAUGACAUGAACUCUUACCUAAAAUCUGUUCGGAAUGUGAUCCGCCAGGAGCUCAACCUCAUCAGGAAGGCAAGACGGGAACAUCGCCGAAGAGUUUGGUGGCCACUUGUAGAGCUGCACGGCGCUAAUACCGGUGUCAUUAUGGGGAGGCCCAUCGCGUCAAGCAAUGUGGGCCGAGACCAGUCAAGCUUCUCCGGCAUCUUACAGACCGGGAGGGAGUCCUUGAAACGUUUUACCAGGCUUGUUGCAUCACAGCACAUGCAUCUGCUCGUGGUACUCAUGUUCCCUGCUCGGUUGUUGCUUCUUGGGACAUACAGUGUGGCCAACUUCCAUUGAAUAAUUUGAAUGGACAGCGCACAUCGGGUGCCCCAUAAUAAUAUGCAGUGUUGAACUACUACUGUAGAGGCGGAGGCAUGUGGCUGGUAGAUGAGGUAGACGAUUCUUUAUUCAUUGGUUAUCAAUCAUCAUAGAAGCAGUUCAUCUUUGCCAUUCUUGUAUUGUACAUGGGGAAUCCCAGAUCGCAUGUAGAAAAACAAACAUUUGACUGUCAAUGAAUACAAAUUAAGUAAUGGAUUUA